AAGCAGUAACAUCGAAUAAUUUCACAUUUAACUCCAGCAGACUGAAUAUGUCUUAUUAUGGCAAUAUGAACAUUCCUGGGACACAUGGGAUGGGUGAAGAUGAAGAGGAGAUGAAUAUCUAUGCUAAUGCAGAUGCUCAUGAUGCCAGGACAGAAAAGGAGAACUUCGACACCAAGAGACACCAAACACCUCGACACACAGGUACUGAGACUCAUUUCAUUAUAACAACUAACACACACAUCUUAGUCAUUUUAGUGUUAAGAAAUAUUUAUCUUCAUAUCGGUCAUCUUCAGGAAGCUUCAGAGCAGCUGCAGUGUGUUUGGUGCUGCUGUGUGUUCUUUUGCUGGCUGCAGUCACAGUGCUGUGUGUCCACAUCUAUACAAAGAACACAAACUACACAGAAGAGAGAGACCGGCUACUAACCAGGAAUACCAACCUCACAGAAGAGAGAGACCAGCUCCUAACCACAAUCAAAGCUCUUAAAGACCAAAUGACCAAAAAAAAUGACAAUCUAAUGAAACAAAGUCAACAGUUAAAUCAAGAGAACAAUGACCUGCGGAAACGUCUUGGUGAAAUGGAUCAAUCCUGUCUUUACUAUUUUUUCUUCUGAGAAGAAGAGCUGGACUGAGAGCAGAAAAUACUGUAGAGAGAAAGGAGCAGAUCUGAUCAUCAUAAACAACAGAGAGGAACAAGAAUUUGUUAGGAAAUGGUCUGAUAAUAAUAGAGUCUGGAUUGGUCUAACUGACAGUGAUGAAGAGGGCAGAUGGAAAUGGGUUGAUGGCAGCACACUGACCCCUGGGUUCUGGAUGUUUGGUGAGCCCAGUGGACAUAGAAGAGAGAACUGUGCUCUAACAGUUGUAGGAGAAUGGGCUGAUCAUCCAUGUACAGAGGAAUAUAAUUGGAUUUGUGAGAAGAGAAAAAUGUAAGCCACUGAACAGGGGCAUUGCUAGUGACAGAGUGCAUGGGGCCUAUAAACCACCCCCCAUUUGCUUAGUAUGGCAGUGUUUAUAUGACUAUUUGAAAUAUACAUAUGAAAGGGAGUUCAAAUGUCAGAUACUGUACAAUCCAGUUUUGAGCUGUUUUCUUGUUCUAUUACCUGCAGCCAUACUUUGUUUUGUUUGUCAUGGUCACCAACAUGAAAAAAAUGCAAAUGCUUCAAAGUGAUAUUAACCACAACACAAUAAUAUUGUAUUAGCUAGUCAUCAUGUUUGCUUUUGUGAAACCUUUACUCAACCUGCAUUACAGUUCUUGAAAAACCUGGAUAUA